GCUUUUUCAAGAAACAAAAAGCACAUACAACGUAAGCUGCGGUUGUAAACAAAUGUCAGCCAUCGAGGCUUAAGUACCUCCAUUACAUCCCCACUCAUCACAUAGAAGCAAAAGGCGCGUCACGUAAAAACGAAAGUACAAUGGCAAUAAUGGAAUAAACUGACAGAAUCGAGUUUGCCAGCAAUCGGGGCAGAAGAUCUCAGACCAGCGAUAAUCAUCCAUAGCAGAAUGACCAAGAUCAAUUUACCGACACGCAACUCACCAGCCUCAAUUGUAUACGCCCGCCAUGGACUAAAUCUCCAACACGGCAAGCUGCAGGCACAUGCCUACAAGGGUUUAGGCUACAUUUUAAAAGGAUAUAAAGUAAACCUUUGGAAAAUUUCCAUUAAUUCCCUUCUGGUACUACAAGCAGAAGUGAGCCACAUUCCAAACCUACUGAUCCGAGGGGAUAAGUUCUCAGUACAUGCGCUACGGCCUCUAAUGAAAUUUGAGAUUCAGAACAAAGUUGAUGAGGAUAGAAUUAACGAUAAAUCAUCUCCACUUAGUGUGAUGUGCAACAACUUGAACACUGACUGCAGAAUCAUUUAUUUCCCUAAAGACGCGUCUUCUAUGCCAAACUCUUUUCUUCACCGUUGCUGCUACAGGAAUGAAAAGCACACAUCUCAUCAGACGAUCAUCUCAUCUUUGAAAACCCCAAAGAUUCUCAAGAUACUCAAUGACUCAACAAAAAGCAGAAACGUGUUGAAGCUUCGCACUAUGAAUCUUACCAAACGAUCUUCCCCACUGACUGUACAAGAUGCGUCAAAUGCACAGGAAGACCCACGACCUAAGAGAAACCAUGGAGGGCAUGUUAAAAAUAGCGCGCGACCCAAAUCGAAGGUCCUGAAAACCGUCAAAUUCUUGAAAGGAUCCCAACUCCAGCACAGCGGAGUUGCUUCUUGGUUGUCUCUAAGUCAUCUCAAACUAAUAGAUGUCGUUACCGAACAUGUUGUCACACGAUUGGAGAAGGAUUUAGCUGUUAGAAAAAUAACUACAAUAUCCCACCAGUACGACAUAGAAAACCUUUUCCGGGAUGGCAAAUACUUUGUUAUUCAAUUACUUGAUUCUAAGCAAUUUUGCGCCUACAACGUUACCAGAGGAGCUGUUUUCUGA